UCUUCAUCGCGGACGACCUGGCGUGCACUCUUCCUUGCAGCCGCAAAAAGACGGCCUCGGUGGCUGGAGAGCAGAUCAAAGAACCUUCACUCGCUUUCCUUGGAUUCUGCGGCGCCUGUGGCUGCGCCUCUCCAGCUUUCGCAAGCCCACGGCAGAACCCCCAGUUGGUGACGCUGCGCUCGCAACUUGCCGAUACAUUCUGCAACUGCACGUCCACGUUCCGCUCGUUACCUUACGUUCGCAGCCAUGAAUGGAGACAUCAGUCUCACAGAGACAUAUCUGGGCGGUCUACGUAUCGCUAAUCCAGAUGAUGAGGACACCUCGUCACCCGCGGUAGCGGACUCGUCACCGCCCAGCCAGAGCUCUCAAGUCCCACCUUCGUCAUCUCACUCCUCAUCCUCCACUGCCACAGAGAAGCCGGCUGGCAGGAAUCUCUCGCCCUCGCCGACCCACGAUUCCCAACCUACGACGACGACAGCAGCCACAACAACAACAACAACAACAUCCUCAUCUGAUCCGGUCUUUCAACCGCAGCUACAACACCGUCCAUCAUUACCUUUGCCUCACCAGGCUCAACAGCCUCUGUCAUUGGCGGGACAUCCAGGACCUAGUUCCCAGCACCGAGCAUAUCCCACGAAUGUAGCCCGUCCCAUAUCGGGCAUGUACAACCAUUCCAACCUCUCUGGUAGCUCUGGCAUAUCUAGUUAUGCCGCUUACAGGUACGGUGAGGAACCUACUCAGCCAACCAUACCAACGGCUUCAAUGGUUCAAAGGAGUAGCUCGCGGGCUGCUGCCUCCGCUUUAUCACAGUCCGGAUUGCUCUCACGCGACCGGAGUGGUAGUGACCGAAUGCUACAGACACAACCAGGCUUUGCAGAGAAUGGAGCACCGCCUCCGCGCAGAAGUUCGAGAAAGAUGCCACCAGGAUCGUCGGCAUCCACACCAAACACCUCCUCACCUUACACGCUUGAGAAUGGCCCACCCCCAAGCAGCGAGGAAUGGAAGGAAAGGGGAGCGGCCACGACGAUUCGGCAAGAAGUAGAUGCAAAUGGUCGGACUGUUCAAAGAGUGACCAAAAAAGGAGUGAAGGAUUUCAACUUUGGCCGAACACUAGGAGAAGGCUCCUACAGUACAGUGCUGGCAGCCACUGAUCGACAGACCUUGCGUGAAUACGCCAUCAAAGUGCUGGACAAGCGACACAUAAUCAAGGAGAAGAAAGUCAAGUACGUGAACAUAGAAAAGGAUACCCUCAACCGUUUGACCGAGCAUCCCGGCAUCGUUCGUUUAUAUUACACUUUCCAAGACGAACGAUCUUUGUAUUUCGUUCUGGAUUUAGCGAGUAAUGGUGAAUUGCUCGGUGUUUUGAAAAAGAUGGGCUCUUUCGACGAGGAAUGUACACGCUUCUACGGAGCCCAGAUACUGGAUGCGAUUGACUACAUGCAUUCCAAAGGCGUCAUCCACCGCGAUCUCAAGCCGGAGAACGUACUCCUUGAUGCACACAUGCAUGUCAAAAUCACCGACUUUGGCACAGCGAAAAUUUUAGAGACCAAGCCGAAGAAGGAUGGCAGCGGCUCAACAACGGGUGAUCCUCUCGACGGUGCAGAUUUGGAUAGAGCAAUGUCAUUUGUUGGGACGGCAGAGUAUGUAAGUCCGGAAUUGUUGACAGAUAAGAACGCUUGCAAAGCAAGCGAUCUGUGGGCUUUCGGCUGCAUAAUAUUCCAACUACUCGCGGGUCGUCCUCCCUUCAAGGCAGCAAACGAGUAUCAAACGUUCCAGAAGAUUGUUGCCUUGGACUAUCAAUUUCCCGAUGGUUUCCCUUCCAUUGCAAGAGAUUUAGUCGAACGUCUACUUGUCCUUGACCCUGCGAAGCGAUUGCCCAUGGAGCAUAUUAAAAACCAUCGGUUUUUUGAGGGUAUUACAUGGGGCAAAGGCUUGUGGAAACAGAAGGCUCCCAGAUUGAAAGCGUACAGCCCCCCUGCACAGGAGCCGAUACGCUUGAAUGCUCCUACAUCCGCUCCACAGAGCUCAAGUCAAUUGACUAGACCUCAUCCACGCGUUAUUACCGAACUGCCUCCGCCAUCACAACUCGAUAUCGACUGGUCACCUGUUCUGACGAGAAAUAAUGAGCGCAUACUAAAACUUGGAAUCCUUAACGUGACCGUAACCUCACAACCACACAGCCCGAAUUCCAAGAAUGGAGAAGGCUCGAGCGAAACUUCAAAGAAAUUUUCAAGAUUCUUCGGCGGAAACACUAACAAAAGACGCCAACGGCUGGUUAUGGUCACCUCAAGCGCUCGACUUGUCCUUGCAUCGGCAGGAGGUGAUGAGAAAAAGGCUAAACUAGAUAUCACUCUUAUGGCGCCUGGAACGAUGUGGAAGAGUUUUAAAGAUUCAAAGGGCUUGACUGUGUGGUCCGUCGAUACACCAACAAAGCAUCUUCUUUUCGAAGAUCCCAAGGCGACGCCUAGCGAUCCUGAUGGAAGCAUGUAUGGUGCGCAGGAAUGGAUGGAUGCCAUAGAAAAGGCCCGAGAGUUCGCUAUAUCUCAAUCGAUGGCCAACUCUUAUUCCGGGGAUUCGGCAUUCAACGACCUAGGCUCCUCUUUGUCGAGCCCAAGCAGCACACUCGGUGGAGAUAACACUUUAGACGGAGUCAACAUUCCCACCGCUCGCUUGCGAAAGGGCGAAAUGGAUCAAGAAUCAUUGAAAGGGCGAAAACGAUUCAGCAAGAGGCACUCGAAGAACGGACUUGCCGCCGUCUUCUAAGCUGUAUGCCAUCACAUUAACUCAGCAACCUCCCACAUAUUGUUUUUCUCAUGUUCAGCGUCUACAGCCAUCUCACGACUUAGCAUUCUCAGUACUUGGUAACAGGACCUAUUUAUGAAUUUACAUCUUCAUCAUCGAGCGUCGGGCGUUGCGGUUACCAGAUGUUGAUAUCCUAGUCCGAAGAAGCUUUUUUUUUGUCUACUUUCUUUUUCUUCCUUAUUUCCCUUGAAAAAAGAGUCUGCUUUGGGAAAGCGCAGCAGGUAUGGUACUUGUAAUGAUUGUGGCCUGUAUAUUUUCUUGAUUCCCGGGUCCAUGACCUCUUCGUCCAAACGCUACUUGUUAUUUUCGAGGAGUGGGAGAUUGGUUUGCGCUUCGAUGUACAUGCUCUUUCAAGUGCGUGACAGAGAUAGCUCUUCGAUCUGUUACGACCUUGUAUGCUUUGUAUAUAGAACAAGACAUGCAUGAGCGAUCGAGUUUUCUUGUGAUGCCAAGACAUUUUAAUCUUAUCGACUAUUGUUGCAUGGCUUACACUGUUUCCCUCGCUCGAACGGCAUUCAAAUGUCAUAGACACGCAAAAGGCAUCCCUGUCCAUUUUCCAGACGGAGAAAUCCGAUGGUCAAAACUUACAUACCCUUACAGGUAUUCCUGAUCUAUUAGAUUCGUAGAUCCAGC